AUGUCUAAGAAGCCCGUCAAGAAGGCGGGCGAUCAGGACUUGUUCGAGGUCGACGACGAGGGUGUCGAAGCGUUGAGACCCAUCAUCGAGAGAUCAACGGGCGAGUUGUAUGCGACGGGUGACCAAGCCGGCGAGGUGCCGCUCUCUCGUGCUCGCAAGGGUCAACUGACUCGCAAGCCACUCCGGUCUGAUGAGAUCCUGGCCGCGAGAACGAAACAUCCUGCCCUCUUUUCACGAGCUCGUCCUCAUCCGCUCCAGGUGACCCAUGCACAGCAGAAGAUGCAAGAGUCCAAGAUCAAGCUGAGCGCUUCGGAGCGCCGUCGCAUGAACGCAGUCAUCAGACGGGGUACUGCAGGUAAGGAAGGCCUCUUCAAACUCAAGCUCGACAGAGUGGGCGACUCGAAUUAUGUCGUCGAACUCAGAGAGGCUAUCUCUCGUCCUAUCGAGUCGGAUCUUUGGAUGGAAACAGAUCAAGCGUCUCUGAACAAGCAGGGGAAGCGCAAAGCAGACAGCGAUCAGACGGAAAAUGUCGUGCCGCCUGAUACUGCUGUCGAGCCACCCGCGACGGCGAAGCAGCGUACACUCAGCGCCUCAUCGGUUCUUGACAGGGCGAGUCGAGCCAGACUCCCCCCUGCUGUGUCGCUCCCUCAUGCUGGCACAUCCUACAACCCAGACAUCGAAUCACAUCAGUCCCUCCUAUCUCAGGCGCUACAGGACAUUCAAUCCGAAGAGAGCAGGGCUGCUGCUCUCCGAGCUGUGAAGCAGAAGAUCGAAGCAGGCAGACGAGCGACGAAGAGCAAGGAACUCUGGGAGAUCGCAGAGGAGCUCGCCGAGAAGGAAGAGACAGACGACCAGCCGGAAGAGAUUUCCCAGGACCCACCGCUGGUCCCAAAGAAGACACAGCGUCGCAAGAGUGCAAAACAGAAGCUUAAGCGUCGAGCCAAUAUUAACAAAGAGCUUGCUGCGGUGAAGCGGAAGCAGACGACGAAGCAGCAGCGAGAGCUUUUUGCAACUCUGCCCAAGCUCUCAACUUCGCUCAACCGUCUCGAUGCCCAGCGUGAGACUGACAGCGAGGCGAAACAGACGGCAGCGGAAGCGCGCUUGACAGCGCUCGGCUUCUCGGGCAAGAAGACUGGUCCUGCGCGAGUAGCAAAGCCCAAGAUAACCUAUCAGCUGGGCGAAGAUAUUCCAGAGGGUUUGCGCUUGCUACACACUGAAGGCAACCUGUGGCGCGACUUCAAGGAUAGCGCGACCAGAAGAGGCAUCAUUCAGACCACCCGCCCACCUCGGCAGGCCAAGAUGGCUCUUCGCAGUACCAAGAAUGUCGAAAAGUACUCGUAUCGCAGGGAUGACUAG